AGUGGAUUGAACAAAAUGUCCGCCCGCCAAGCAAAGCGUCUAGCGAAGGAGCGUGAGGCCGAGGCCCAUGUCGAUAGUGAUGAGGACGUGGAGUCGGGAGAGGACGAGGAGCUUGAGGAGAAGCGCCCAGCCAACAUGGGCUUCGCAUUCCUAGCGGAUUCGGACGACAGCGAAAGCGAGAGCGAUGAUAGCGAAGAAGAGCAAGAAGAAGAUGAAGAAGUAGAGGAACCGGUGGCGGUUCCGGAGCCUCCCAAGAGCAAGAAGAAAAGCAAGAAGAUAAAUAGAAAGAAAGGGGCAGGUAGCGAUGAUGAGAACGAGGAGAAGCAGUCGGUGGACGACAUUCUUGACGCACUGGCGGCUGAAGCGGGCAACUUGAGCGUCGACGAAGCCACAUCCAUUCGCAAUGAACAAGAGCAGUCGCUUUUCGGCGUGCAGCUCAAGUUUGCGAACGCUGACAAGGAGAUGAAGCGCAUUUUUGGCGUGAAAGAAGGUGGCCCCAGCAACAAUCGAAAGCGCGGAGAUCCUCGGACUGCUGCGCGAGUAGCGGUGAAGAAGGUGAUGAUGGUGUCGCCACUGGACGAAUGGCCACGCCCUCCAACGUUCGUUGGUGGCGGCAUUCGCUGGACGCGAUCCAACAAACCUAAAGGCGCUGGAUGGAACAGCUUGUGCAGCUAUUAUGAAAUCACGUGGUCGAUCGCUUACAAGAAGUUACAAGAAGAAUUUGAGCUUCUUCAGCGGACGCACGACCCGAAUCUCAUCGCUCACUUCUUGCAGCGUUACCCGUACCACAUUGAUGCGUUGCUCACAAUGAGUGAAGUGUUCCAGCAUCACGGUCAGAUGGAUCACGCUACGGACUGCAUCAAGCGGUGCAUGUACGUACUGGAGCUGGCGUGGGCUGAUCAAUUCGACGUCUCGAAGGGAAAUUGUCGUAUGGACAUCCAAACCGAGCACAAUUCGGGCUUCUUCAGAGCGCUCUUCUUGCUGAUGAAGCAGGUUGGACGCCGAGGAUGCAUGCGUAGUGCGUUCGAAACAGCCAAGCUGUUGCUGAGUCUGGACCCUCAAGGCGACCCGAUGAACGUGCUAUUGGCAAUUGACUACUACGCGCUGACAUCUCGCCAGUGCCAGUUCCUCAUCGACUUAUUCGAGUCCAAAACACCUGCUGUGGAUCGAUUUGCUAGCGAUGAAGCGAAGAAGACUAGCUGGAAAUCAUCAAUUGGCGCGUCUGACAGCAUUGCCGCGCUGCCAAACCUCCAGUUCUCGCUGGCACUCGCCCACUUUUUCGUAGGAAACGAGAGCGAGGCCAAGGAGAAACUAGCAACAGCGCUGCUCAAGUUCCCGACGAUCCUCAAGCCACUUUUGGAGAAAAUUGCCGCCAACCCGUCGUCUUCUUCGUGGCAACCGAUCUUGUCUAGCCGUGUGUUCGCUAACGCUCGUAGUGUCGAUGGAGAGCAGAGUGUGCUUCAGCAUUUGCUGGACAUCUACGUGACGAGGAAUCAUUCCAUUUGGAAGGUGAAUGACGCACAGUCGUUCCUUCUACGUAGUGCGAAACACGCUCUUGCCUCUCCAGCAUUGGUGUCUGCAAACCCUCAGGUGCUGGAGCUACCCGCGUGUCUGCACAAGUACAUUCGCGCUGUCACUGCAGAUUACUCGGACGAGAUAACGACGCUGCCUGCAGACCACCCGAUGUUGCAGCCUCCGCAGCUUCAGAACGGUCAGCCGCUGGAUGCUGAGGCGCUUGCUGCACUUGCACGGGCCCAGGAGGAGUUCGAGGCGGGCAACUUGCCGGCCGAUGCCAAUCCGUUACUGCUGUUCUUACAGACGCUGCUGCCCUGGAAUCACGUGCAAGGCGCCGGCCAACAGCCGCCACAACAACCGCCACCGCAGUGAGUCGGGAUGCGUUUACGCGGAUGGAUGAUGCCUUUAAUGGUGUCGCGCAAAUGGCUUCAUCUUCAGUCAUAAACAUUUGGGCACGUCGGUAAACGUGAUAAUCACGCAACAUAAGCUUCGGCGCAACAUAACGUGGAUUUUGUGACUGAAAAAGGUCGUUGGUGCUGUUGAAGCAAGUGUUGGUUGCAUUUGUGCGGAAACAACAAGUCUGGUGUCGUGCACCCAUGGCUGUCAAUUCGGGUACGAUAUCAGCUAAGACUGAAAUCGCUGCUGUACUUGUACCCCUGGCUUCAUUUUGCGCUACAUUACAUAUACAAGCAAAACAACUCGAUGUCAACGUUCGUAUUCAAUGCGUGACAACAGCUAUAUCUCCUGGAAACUAAGAUGACCCCUAAGUCCAUGGACUUGGAGGUGCACAUUGCACAGGAAUGCAUGCGUGAUAAACUCGAUUCAACCUCGUCAAUGCACGUUGCGAGCGGAUACUCUACCGGAUUUUGUAUCUUACGUUGCGGCAACGUUGCGCCAAUUUCUGUA